AUGAAUUCAUUAAUUAGAAGAGUUGAAAAGAUUCAAAAAGAAUGUGUAGAUGCUAAAGAUAAGAAUAAACAAUUGCUAAGCGAAGGUGAUGCAGAUGCCUUUACAUUGUUAAGAAGAAAGAUUGGUUUAGAUAUUAAAGGAAUUAAACAAUUGAUUGCAGAUAGAGAUGAAGCGGAAAUCAAUAUGCCAGGAUCAGUUAGAACGGUGGAUCUUUCACAUCAAAUCAGAAGAGCGAUCAUCGAUAUCAAGUCCGAUGCCAAUAAACUACAGAGAAUGUACGACAGAGGUCAAGAGAAAUACAACCGUAAGCAGAAAGAGAACCCAGAGAAAUUGAAAAAGUUGGAACUCGAGAAGGAAGACUGCGAACUGGUGUGGUCACAUAUCAACCAAUUGGAGCUUAUCAACAAGAAACGUGGAGGUGACUCCAACAAGUUCAUCCCAAUGGAAACAACAUCGUCAGGUAUCAAAGAGUUGCCCGAUAUCGAUAACGAAGACUUUAGAGAAUUGAGAAGAAAUGAUGCUGAAAUUGAUAGAGGAUUGGAUAUUGUCGGACAACAUAUUGCAGAGGCAGGAGAGAUUGCAAAGAAGAUGGGUACCACUGCAAAGGCACAGGGUGAACACUUGGAUGCACUUAACAAGAGAGCAGAGGAUCUCGAUGAGAAAUUGGAGACGAUCAACAUCAGACUUGCAAAGAUGAUCAAAGAUGUGCGUAAAGCCGAUAGAUUCAUUAUUGAUGUCAUUCUAAUUUGUGUAUUGCUUGGUAUUGGUGGUUUCAUUUAUUCAAUCGUUAGAAGAUAA